GGCUCCGCGCGACGGUUUAGUAUUUUUCACUGUGUCCGUCAGACAGGACGCCUGCGGUAACUCGGAGAAGCAUUAGGGAGCCGGUGGUCAUGGCGGAAGCUUCACAGCGUUACGACUUCGACGCUCCGACCCACGUCGCAGAUUUUAUGGAGCUGGUGAACGCAGAAACGGACGAUAAAUGGUUUGACCAACGCACCGAGGGGGCAGAUCCUCACCUCGUCACUCCUGCUAAACCACAGCAAGGUGAUAAAGGUGGGAACUCCUCUGAGAAUGUUUCCACCACAUCUUCCAACAUCAUCACGUCGUGGGGAGGUGAACCUCAGGGAGUGGGCCGACCAAAGAGGACUGCUGACAAGAACCCUGCACAGCCACGCAGGGUUUCAAAGCGUAAAGAGAUGGACAGCAAUCCAAUUCCACUUCCCUCUAAGAAACAAAAAGAGGACCCGGUUCCUCUGAGCUCCCAGUCCAGUUUCCGUAGGAGCAAGCGGCUGAAGCCCAAGGUGGCCCCAAAGACCCGUGAAGUCCAUUCCAGCAGCAAAAACACAGAGCCGAACUCCUCCGAGCAGCUGGAGUUGGAGCGGAUCAGAAACCUCCAGAAGGAGGUGGCUCUGCACCGCAGGAGGAACGAGGCCAGCCUCAGGGCUGCUCUGGCCGGCGGUCCUCCACCAAAGAAGGCCGUCCUGUCCACGACGGUGCCCAAAGACUUCCACUUCCACACGGACUCCAGGAUCAAAGCUUCCACUUCUUCAGACGCGCCGUGCAAAGAAACCGACUUCGUUCAGCAGCUCAGAAAACCCUCCUCCCCUGUGAAAGCUCGAAAAGGAGCCACGGUUCCCAAACCGUUCAGCUUCUCAGUGGGUCACAACAAGAAGGAGGAGGAGCCCGAGGACUAUGUUCCCAUGGCUCAGAGGAUUGAACAGUUCCAGAACAGGACCCCCACCCGGUACCACCGGCCCAGCCGCAGAGACCAGGAGAGAGGACCGUCUCCGGUCAAAGGCCCCCACCUGAAGCUCACGCAGCCCCAGUCUCCGUGCCUGAAGACCCGUCAGAGGAGCAGACCUGCCGCCUUGAAGAGCAGCAGCGAGCUGGAGGCCGAGGAGCUGGAGCAGCUUCAGAAGUGCAAGAUCAAGGCUCUGGAGCUCAACAGGAAGAUCCUGGAGGGUGCAGAGGAGCUCAAGAAGCCGGCGGUGAAGGGGCCCACCGUCCCUCAAGGGUUCGAGCUGGAAAUAGAGAAACGUCUUCAGGACAGACACGCGUCCAAGAAGCCCCAGGAGGUCGAGGAGAAGCCCCACAGCUUCAGAGCGAACCCUCUGCCCCUGAAGGUCCUGGAGGGGGUGGUGGGACUACCUGAGAAGAAGGUUCCUUUACCGACAGUACCGGAGUCUCCGGCGUUUGCCCUCAAGAGGAGGAUCCGACCAGAGCGGAAGGUUGAGGAGGUUCUGCCGCCCCCGCCGGUCAAAGUUCAGCCCGUUCCUCACUUCGGCCUCACCUUCCAGCCGCGGCUCCCAGAGGACCACCAGAUCGAGGUCUGCCCCUUCAGCUUCGAGCAGAGGGAGAAGGAACGCCGAGCUCUGAAGGAGAAGAAGCUGGAGGAGCUGAGGAACGAGGAGGUGCCGCAGUUCAAGGCCCAGCUGCUGCCGGACUUCAGCACCGUGGUCCUCCCCGAGAAGAAGAAGCUGGACCCGACCAAACCAGAACCGUUCAAACUCCUCAUCGAUGAGCGAGGAGCGCUGAAGAACAGCCGCUGGGAGGAGAUGGUCCAAAAGGAGCAGAAACUCCUGGAGGAGGCGGCGGUGUUCAAAGCCCGGUCCAACACGGUCACACACAAAGAACCGUUCCGACCCCAGAAGGAGAGCCGACAAACCUUGGACAUUAAUUCUUCUGCAGUGGUGGAGCCCUUCGAGCUGGCCACGGAGCGCCGCGCCAAGGAGUGGCAGGAGUACGAGCAGCAGAACGCCGAGAAGAAGGCUCUGAGGGCCCAAAUGGAGGAGCAUCAGAGGCAGGAGGAGGAGCAGAGGGAGAAGGAGGAGAUCACCAGGCUGCGCCAAGAACAGGUCCACAAGGCCCAGCCCAUCCGGCAGUACCGACCUGUGGUGGUGAAGAAGAGCGAGCGGCCUCUGACCGUCCCCGAGUCGCCCAACUUCUCCGAACGCUUCCGCCUGUAGGCGGAGCCGAAACUUCACUACUGAAGAUACUUUUAACGUUUUUUAA